CAAAUCAGUUGACUCGACGUGGAUUUGCUUUUACAAUCUGACAAGCUUAGCAGACCAACAUUUGAACAUGGGACGGACAUUAAGAAGAAACCUGUUUACACUCUUCACAAUCAAUGUAAUCAUACUACUGCUGAUUGUGAACUACGAUUUGAAGCAAAAAUACAGGGCGUCAGUGGAGAAACAGCUGGACAACAUGAUAACCGAAGAAGUCAACCUGGAUCAUCGCUUGCAUUCUCGGAUCAUAGAACAGAAGGGACGUCAGGUCCGCAAGAUCAUGGAUGACUACAAGGUACCGCAAUACAGCAAAAGCAAUGUUGUUCAAGCGACCAAAGGGAACAAGAUGGGUUACAUAACAGCUGAUACAGAAAGCGUCCAUUCCUUCCCACCCUGCGGCCAAGUUUGCAAUUUCUCCAUGCAUAAGAAAAAAGAAGACCUCUUUCUUAGAAAAGACUUCAACUGUAAGAAUAUAUUUCUCAGAUUAAAGAAUCCGCCCGGGAAAGUUUACAUACCGCCCCUGAAAGAGCCGCCUCCAGAGCUACUUCUGGAUUUCACACAGAAUGGCAGUUUGUUGUUGAGUCCUAAGUACUUAGAUGGCACACGUAAGGGUCGAAAGGUGCAUCGUAAAUUGGAAGAAAUAAAAACUCUCCUGGCCGAUGAUAAAGUGAAAAACAUCGCCAAAUAUGACCUACAGGGCGUUGGCUACAAGCAGGUUCUCUCCAAAUACCAAGGUCAGCUGAAAGGCAAGUCGGGAAUGGUUAUUGGAAGUAUAAGUCCUUGGGUUGAAGUCAUUUUAUUAAACCUUGGUGUAAAACACGUGACAACUGUUGAUUACAACCCUGUUUUCUUCGACCACCCACAGCUGUCUUUCGAGUUUAUGUCAGAUAUAGCCGAUAAAAUCACCAAAAACCAAUCGCUCCUAAUGGAUUUUGCUGCUUCGUUUUCCUCUUUGGAACACUCUGGCCUUGGUCGCUAUGGAGACCCCAUCAAUCCACACGGUGACCUGGAGGCAGCAGCUCAAAUAUGGUGCAUGCUUAAGCCUGGUGCUUUGUUUUAUCUAGGAAUACCAGUCAACUUUGGCACUCCGGAGGGCUGGUUGGUAUUUAAUGCGCAUCGUAUAUAUGGAGAAGCUCGGAUUGAACAGAUCACUGCAAAUUAUGAGAUACUCGAACGCACGCCGUUUGGUAGAUUGCAUGGUGUCUUUGUCUUAAGAAAAGUGCUUUAAUAAAGAUGAACAAAAUUACAAGAAAUACGUGACUUUACAGAUCGCAUUCUGAUGCUGAUUCUAUAAAUUAAAAGACAUUCUUUGUCUUUCCUUUUAUAUGUGGCAUUUUUUUAAAUUUUU